AUGUCGGCAAACGGGGCAGAACCAACGUCGUCCGUGCAGGCUUCCCCAGCUGCUCGGAGAAACGAUACGAAUUUUUUUAAAAAGCUGAAUGCGAGGAUCGAUGCAGUGGACUCGCUGCUCACUGUCGGCCUUGACCCACACUCCGCAGAGCUGCCAGCUCCCGCCUCAGCUGAGGGCGCCUUUGCAUUUUGCGAACGAGUGAUCAAGGCGACUCUACCGUAUGCGUGCUGCUACAAACCAAACUGCGCAUUCUUCGAGGCCUUCGGGUCAAAAGGGGUGCAGGUGCUGGAGAGGGUAUGCGCCUUGAUUCCCGACGAUAUUCCUAUCCUGCUGGAUGCCAAGCGGGGAGACAUCGGGACGACGGCUCAAGCCUACGCGGUCGCUGCUUUCGAGGGCCUUCAGGCGGAGGGCGUGACUGUUAAUGCCUAUAUGGGCAGGGAUGCAGUCCGUCCGUUUUUGUCCUACCGCGACAGAGGAGUCUUCGUCUUGGCAAAAACGUCGAACCCGUCCUCCAACGAGCUGCAGACUCUGCUUGUCAGGGCAGGCCCGCAGUCCGCACCUGAAGAGCAGAUCCCGCUCUACGUUCAAGUAGCCAGGCUGUGCAAUGACAUCGCCCGAGAGAGCAUCUCCGAAGGAGGUUCAGCGCUCCAGCCUGGGCAGAGUCUUCGCCAGAAUGCAUCCGGCGGCGGUGUGGGCCUUGUAGUCGGAGCGACAGACGUGAAAGCUCUGCAGGAAGUGAGGAGGGCAUGCCCUGACCUCUACAUUCUUGCGCCCGGCAUUGGGGCUCAGGGAGGCGACCUUGAAGAGGCCAUGGAAGCAGGCCUUUGCAAGGACGGUAAAGGGAUGCUCAUUCCGAUUUCCCGCGGCAUUUCUCGCGCUCAGGAUAUGGCUGCCCAAGCAAACUUAUACAGAGAACAAAUCAACGCCGUGCGUAAACGCGUUGUACAGCGAUGA